AUGAUCAGCGACGACGCACAUAGCAGUCUCCAAGCGCGGCUGGAGGGGGAGAUGGAUGCGGUGAUAGCGGAGCUGGAGCAAGGAAAGGAAUUUGAGACAUAUAUUAGAGCCCUUUCGCUGCUCACUGAUGUUGAGCACCUGCGUAACAAUUUCUCACUGGAAAUCGACGGACUGCAGACGUUCAGGGAGUUUCUAAGCAGUACAGAGAAGAAGGCGUCGCAGUCAAUCACAUACCCGUCUCUGCCACCAACCGUAGACGCAGUGCUCGAUGUGGACAUCCAGCGGAAAGGGCAAAUGGAGAAAGAGGCUGAUUUUAUACCCAAGGAUUUGACCAAGAGAAUGAGCCGAGUAGUCACAGAGGCGACACCAGCAGCAUCUACAUCGACAUCAGCGCACAUGCCAGCAUCAUCACCAGCACCGAAUCCUCUACACAAUCCUCCACACAAAUCACACACGUAUGACUACGAGAGAGAACGCGCGCUUUUCGAAUCGAAACGGCAAGACAAAGUGACGGACGACUCAACAUCCUUGCGCACAUCGCGUGCUGAGCAGGAAGAUCUUUCUGAGGAGCUGAUAGCGAUGACGCGACAGCUGAAGCAGAAUGCUCUCGCUUUGUCACAAGGCUUGAGUAGCGAUGUACCCCUUCUCGACCAAGCGGGUACACAACUGCAGGGGAAUGCCGAUCGCAUGUCGACGCAGCGCCGGCAACUUAACGUGUUCUCAGGCAACAGCAGGGCAACUACCUGUCUCACUUUCACGUCUGUCAUCGCCGUAUUCAUCGCGUGGAUUGUGCUUUUCAUAGUUAUAAAGCUGUCGUGA